UAGUGUCCCUUUUUUGAAAAAUUAAGUAGUGACAUCCAGUAAAAAGGACUUUAGAAGACUUUUUGACUUCAGGUUGUGCCAUAAUUUUGUGAUAAAGUGAUAAAAAAUUUCCUUAAUUAAGGAUUUUGAGCUGCAAAAAGGAAAAAUUUAAUUAAAAAAUGGCAGAAGGCACUUACGAGUACGAGUUAGAGCGAGCUGAAUUGCUUGGAGUAGCUCCGCCAGACCGUGAAACAUGGGAAAAAAACCAAAAAGAGCGUUUUGAACAGAUGCAAGAAGAACAAGAUAUUGCUGAAAAUGCUGAAAUUGCACAGUCCGACGAAACACUACAAGGCACUUCCGGCAAACUUGACGAGCUUAACAGUAUUUUAGCGAACACACAAAAGAAACUCAACACGAAAUUUAAGGUCGUUUGUGGCGGAUUAACAAGUUUGAUGAAAUUUCGUCCCAUGGGAUCGGCUUCAAAUGUGAACGAGGAACAAGCUCCAGCAGCAGAAGGUGCUUCUGAACCUGAAAAUCACGACGAAGCAACUGCCAGUGGUGAAGCUUCAACCGAUAAUGGGACUCCAAAACGCUCCGUUCGUGAUAUUGGACAUAAAGUUGGGCGACAAAUCGACGUUUUGGACUCACUUUUGGCGAAAUCAGAACGUGCCGAGUUAGCAAUGCACGAACAAAACAAGGAAAUGAAAAGACAUUUGAAGUAAAAUGUCUUAAAAAUGCAAAAAACUACGAGGAGAAGCAAUAAAGUUUUAAAAAACACCAAAAAAAGCCCAAUUGAGAUGCAAAUUGUCAUGCAUCGCAACCCGUACCAACCAGAAAAACAUGAAAAUUAUGAAAAAUAACAAUAAUCUAUGAAUUGAAUCACAAAAUAUUAUCGAAACUUACCAUUCCAUAGCAAAAAACGUAAAUUUUUAGAAGUGUUGUGUGUUAAAAAGUGUCUAUAGCGAUGUUGUCUUUUUAAUUAAAGAAUAUUUAAACACGAAGCUUUGUUACUAUUUUAAAGAAAAAAUAUAUAUAUUUAUUAAAAUACGAUAAAAGUAACUUACUACAGGUAGUUAAGUGAAAAUAAAAAUGAAAACUUUCCCAAUCAGUGUCGCGCUUCCAUUUUUAACUUAAUUUUCAACCCAAAAAAUACAAAAAUCACAUGUAAAGUUAACGAAACAAAAUUAUGAAGGAACGAAAAAAUAUAUUUUAGAAUAGAAUUG